AUGGCAUUUCUUGAAGCAGAACUUGAGCUACUUGAGGAAGCUACACUACCAACAGAAGAAGAAGGCCUCACACUGACUGGUCGGAUAGAAGCUGCUGCUGCAACAACUUGCAACACGAGUAAGAUAUGGGGAGUUGCUAGGAAGGGCAGUUACUGGGGCUGUGUGAUGAUGCUGCUUGAUGUCAGACCAGGUGAUGUGCUCCUGUUUGAAGACUUCAAAGCCAAGAUCGAAGAUCUUAACCUUUCAAAUCAGGUUCCUGACAUGGCUGCUUACCUUCAUUCAACUCGAGUUUUAGGAAUCUUUGGUUAUCAUGAUCCUAAAUAUGCAAUGGCUGGACAAUUGACACAGAAAAGUGAUGGUCACAGUUUUGGAGCAGUUCUCCUUGAGCUUCUUACUGGGAGGAAACCCAGUGAUCGUACCAUGCCACGUGGACAGCAGGGUCUUGCUACAUGGGUCACACCUAGACCGAGUGAAGACAAAGUUAAACGAUGUGUAGAUCCAAAGCUGAAAGGAGAAUAUCCCCCUAAAAGAGUUGCCCAGUACUUGGCAGCUGCGGCAGCAUUAUAA